CACACAAUAAACAGUCGAACAAACACUGCUAAAUAAAAAUAGAGAUCUAGAGAUCAAAGAGAGUGAUGGCAGCUUCAGGUUCGAGCCCAAUACUCGCGUACGUAGUUGUUUAUGUGAAAGAUGUAGCAAAAUCUGUCGCUUUCUAUUCCAAGGCUUUUGGCUACCAAGUCCGUCGUCUCGACGAAUCCAAAAGGUGGGGAGAGCUCGAAAGCGGGCAUACAACGGUAGCGUUUACGCCAAAGCACCAGCACGAGACGGACGAUGUAACGGGCGAGGUUCGCUCACCAGGGAGCCGAAAGGAGAGAGACCCGGUGGAGGUGUGUUUUGCAUACAAAGAUGUGGAUGCAGCUUACAAGAGAGCCGUGGAGAAUGGAGCCAUUGGAGUGAGCGAGCCCGAAGAUAAAGAGUGGGGUCAGAAAGUAGGGUAUGUUAGAGAUCUUGAUGGUAUUGUGGUUAGGUUGGGAAGCUUUGUUUCUGAGCCAGGAAAGCCCCAUGACUCUUGAAUAAUUCACUGGUCUUGAUGAAUAAUUUCGGAUGUUGAAUGUAUUUUCAAAUUUUAAAUGGUAAUUCUCAUGUUUAGAAA